UUCAAGUCUAGCUACACGUACACGAGAGUGGAGUUGGAGUCGUCGGCUUUUUCGGGCGCUCUUUUUUUCGGUUUCUACAAACGGCGGCUACUCCUUAAAACCCCACCGUCAAAAUUGUGAUAUACAAAAUUUCCACAAAAAAUCAAAAUCAAAAAGUGUAUGAAAUAUCAAAUAUAACACUGUCUCUCAAGAAAAGGUUAUAUUUUGAAGUUGAAGAAAGUGACCAAGCAGAGCAAUAAAUAUAAAUAUUUAAAUUAAAUAAUUAAAGUAAAUUAACCAAAAUGAUGCAGCCAAGUGCGUUAUUACUAACCUUCACCAUCGCGAUCAUCUCCUGCGGAGCGGCCUUCGCCUGCAAUGGAAAGAUAAUUGCAUCGGGCAUCACGGCGGAGGAGAGAUCAAUCAUCUUGCAGGAGCACAACCGCCUUCGGCAGAUCGUGGCCACCGGACGCUAUCCGGGCCAGCCGGGUGCCGAGAAUAUGCGUGAGAUCGUCUGGGACGAGGAGCUGGCCGCCCGGGCCCAAAAGUGGGCUGACAAUUGCCAGUUCCGGCACGACCCGCACCGCACGAUAAAUCGCUUCACGAUGGGCCAGAAUCUGGCCAUUAUCUGGAGCACGGUGCCGCUGGACGCCGACGAUGGUGACUUCCCCUCGCGCAUCCAGAGUUGGUUCAACGAGGUCCAGAAGUACUCCUUCGGGGAUGCCUGGUCCCCCAAGACUGGUCACUACUCGCAGCUAGUUUGGGGCGAGACCAGCCUUGUUGGCUGUGGAUAUGCCGAGUACAAGGACGCCAGCAAGUACAACAAGCUCUACGUCUGCAACUAUGGACCGGGUGGCAACGUGGUGGGCUACAACCCCUACGAGGUGGGCAAGCCCUCCUGCUCCACGUACGGCAUGAAGCCCUCGUCCCGCUACCAGGGCCUCUGCUCCGCUCCAGGAGCAGGGCCAGCGGCCAACAGCGUCUAUGGAGCGAACAGCAUUGAAACGUAUGAGUACGGCUAUAAUAGCAGCCCCGUUCAAAGUCAAAGUCAAGGCCAAGCCGUUGCCAAUAACAAUUCGCCGACUAACAACAUUAACAAGAGCCAACUCAGCUACAACAACCGAGCACAGUUCAGUAAUCCGAAAACCACCCGCUUUCCCUAUCCCGUCCCCUCCCGAUUCCACCCACAGGCAGCGGUACCAUCGGCGUCUGGCGGCAGCUCGUUUGGCAGCGCGACGCGGGGCAGCAGCCACGCCUACACCACCGAGCCCUCGCAGUCGGCAGGCCGUUUCCAGAGCAAGCUCGAGGCGUACCGGCCCAGUGCGGCCGAGUUUGAGAAGUCCGUACACAAGCAUACCAUACUACGCACCUAUAUAGAGCAGAAUCAGCAGCAGCGGCAGCAGGAUCAGCAGGAGCAGGACCAGGACCAGCAGCAGAAGCAGCAGGACCUGACCACCAGCACCAAGAAGCCCAGCCGCGGCUGGAGCCUGCUGACAUGGCGCGGCUGAAGGCCUCCUUCCAUCCGCACAUCCCAAAUGCCGCUCAAUGUAUUAGGCCAUUAAUAGCUACUGUGUAGUGCCAUUAGCCAACCAACCACCACCGCCACCACCAGGACCUGUCAUCAAGCCCGCCUCUGUCGUCCCCUAGCGAAUCUUAUUCAACCUUCAUCGUCCCUCCAACCAUUGCCAUAUACGAGUUGUAGUAGUCCCCCUUUUGGUGUAAAUUAUUUAAUGUAUCCUGCGAGUUCCGAGGGAGGAAGGCCUAGGCGACAGACGACUCAUGCCACAGACGAAUAUUUGUAUCAAAUGUUUGCCACCCACAGAAAGGGGAACUGUCAUCCUGUCACACCAACCAAUCCGGCAUUCAGCAUCGAUCAGCUAGUUGUAGUAUUGUGUUCAAUAAAACAUGAAUAUUGAUUUCUAAA